UGAUUUUUCGCAUGUUCGGUGUCCUUCCACGGUCUUUUACGUAAAACUAUGAAACCAUUAAUUGAACUUAUUAUUGGCGGUGCUCAAGUGGUGGCUCGUGCCUUUACUAGAGCAGUCCAGGAGGAAUUUAGGGCAAGUCAACAGGCCGCUCAGAGAGCAGGGGGAGGGAGACAGGGUGCUAGAAGAGCUGCUAAUGAUACUGUUUCAGGAAUUAGUUUACAGGAGGCCAAGCAAAUCCUAAAUGUCAACAAUUUAGAAGAUGUAGAAACCAUUGAGAAAAACUACAAACAUUUAUUUGAAGUCAAUGAUAAAGCAAAAGGAGGUUCCCUGUACUUGCAGUCCAAGGUAUAUCGAGCAAAAGAAAGGAUUGACAUGGAGUUUAAGAAAUCUGACCAGGAAUCAAGGACUAGUGAGACUCAAGAGGAAUCUAAAACUUAACAAAAGUGUUUCCUUAAAAUUAUAUGUCAGUUUUAAACAUCUGUCUGUGAUCUGUUACUUCAUGGAAGAAAUAGAGGAAGAAUUCUGAGCAUUCACAUUCAUACAACUGUAAGAAAUAGAGCGAGUGUAACUAUUGAUGUGGGUUCAUUUAAAGACCAUUGGAGUGAAUUUCUAUUACAUAUGCAAGAAACUCAUCUGAGAAGAAGGACUAGUAUGUGAUAAUUGUUUUAUUGUUAUUCAUGUUCAAUUGGAAGUGUGAGACACUUAUUUUUGAAUGUUUUUAUUCCAUUACUGAUUAGAAUUGUUAGUCAAUAAGACUCCUAUAACUCAAGAAAGCAAUGGUUAUGAAUCAAGUUGAAAUACCAAAAUGAUAACAAAGAGAUGCAUGAUCCCUAAGGAAUGAGGAAUUGAUCUGUGUUAAGCUUUUAAAGCCUGACAUGUACAUAAGAAUUUAAAAUGUGUCAUAAGAAAGAAUAUUGUAUCUUCAUUUUCAGGAUCUUUUUAUCACUAUUGUUAAAAAAGUUCAGCCCUAAAAUUCAUUUCAGAAAUGUCAACAUGGGUGUUGUACAAAAAUUUAUGUAUAAACAUAAAAGAUGAGGGUUAUAUUUUAGGAUAUAUACAAAUAACAGUAAAUUUAAAUAAAAUCAACAAACUCAG